GUCACAUUGGCUGCCACCCAGAGCCAUAGAGACCUACAAAUAUGUCAUGGGGGAAAGCAAAGAUAAACUCUGUGGGAAAAGUGUUGCUUCUGUUAUACUCAGGCUGUUGCCAUGGUAACAGUGGGGCUUGUCAACAACAGGCGGGUUUUGUUUUAGUAAAGAGAUUAACGGUAGCAAGCAGGCUAUCAAAGGGAUAUUAGCUAGCUGAUGAGAUCAAAUGGCUGAUAAAAGUGGUUUGGAGAAACUGGACUUUGGUGCAUUAAGCAUCGCGCAACAACAGCAACUCCGACAAUUUAAGAUCAAUACGAGAAUCAACAAUGAAAAAUAUUUGAGAGAGCAUCCAGAGACGGAGGUCUUAAUAAGCGACUUUUUAAGAGAUGRAUUUCUCAAAAGACCCACAGACAUUCGAGAGUAUGCAGCAGAUUACUUCACCAACCCAAACCUUUAUUUGAUCAUUGGCUCCAAACUGCAGGGCGAUCCUGCCGACACAGGCACAGACUGAAUCCUUACCGGAUUGUUUGGCAGUUCAACUGUUAUUGAAGUGUAAAGCUGUAACAAGCUUCUUUCUCUGUGUCCUGUACGUCCAGGGUAUUGACUAGUUAUUUGUUUCAAAGUAACAUGAUGUAAAUAUAAAACAUUGUAUAAAGUGGGAAUGUACUGGCACCCAGGCAGAUGUUCUUAAUGAGCAUCAUUACAACAGGUUAGUUACAGGGCUAAAGAAGGAUGUUUUAUACCGCUGGUUGAGAGGAAAAGAUAGAGGAUUUCUAGGCCUAUAUGGUGGAGUGGACAGCCUCUUUACAGUUGUUCUCAGGGUAAAGUCUAAACGGGAUCAUUGGGACGUCCCAACUCUGACGUUACCCCACUGGAAGUUUAAAUAUUAAACGGUUAAGGUUACAAGGAUUCCCGAUAGCACUAACCGCUUUCUCAAGCCUCAGUUCCCCCUUCUGGACGCUUAUGUACUUCCGUUUCCGUUAACUCCCCAACUCAUCAGAUGAAACAAAAAAAACAUUUAAGCAAGAUGAGAAAAUGUGACCGCAGCAAUACUGACCACAAAUGUUUAAUGAAUUUAAAAUCAUCAAGUAACCAGUGCAUCAGGCUUUGCUGUAAAAACAUACAUAGCGUAGUAAAAACAGGUCAAAUCCAUCUCUCACAAAGAUGACAAAAUCAUUCAGAAUUCUGUUUGAUUCACAUAUUAAAAUCUCACACGCUACAAAAAUAGGCACAUCUGGUUUAACAAUUAAGUGAUUGUAUAGAGAAGAAGACCCUGAAAUUGUAUAAAAACCUAGACCCUGACAAUAUUGGACAUUUCAACAGUAGGCCUACGUAGUACAUUCUGUAACCAACAUACUGUGGUAGAGCAUGUGAAUAGAGCUUUUAAAUCCUGAGUGAACAGGCACAAAUCAUCAAUGUUUAGACACGUCAAUGUUAAAAGGUAACAGAGAUUUCCUUUUUAUAUAUAAACAAGAUUGUCAGUAACUUACAUUGUUUGAUUUUUGUUCAGGCAAUUGAUUGCCCAUCUCUUAUGGCUUGUAUUGGGCUCCGGGAAUCCAGAAUUGUAUCUUAUACACAGAUCUAGGAUCAGAUUACAUUAUGUAAAAUCUUAAACAUAAUCCUUAGGGAGUAAAACACACAACUGACCUUCCACCAGUGUCUAUAGGCAACAUCAUCCUACUGCCUUUAGCUCAGAGUAGUGUACUACUACUAGUCUCCUGACCCCAGCUACAUUACACAGUAUGAUGGAGCUAUCAAUACACACUGAUCUGAUCCAAGGGCAGUGUUGCGUUAUCCCCUAAUGGUAAUGGUUAGGAUUCAAAGGGGGUAAACUGGCCCUGGAUCUGUGCCUAUUAAACAAUCUCACACACACAUACUGUACUUUAACCACACCAUGCAAAGGAGUUUCAACCAACCGCGAUACAAGUUAGUGUUGUUUUAUGUUGUGUCUGACUUGCACAGCAUUUUAACAGUAAAGCGGAUCCCCCUUUA